CCGGCGGGUCACCGACCGCUGGCUGCUCGUGAGCGGAAACACGGGGGGUGCGAGGAACUAGCUCCUUGGCAACGGCAGCAAACAACUGCCGCCAUCUUGUUUUCGCGCUCGUGUAGUUCCGGGUUCCCGGUCGCGCCGUUUCUCAACACUGGGGCGGGCUCGCAGCAGGACUACAGCUCCCAGCAGCCCUCGCGCUUCCUGGCAACGGCGCGCGCGGGGUCUCUGCGGGUUGAGGGACCGCCCCGGGACACGGACGGCACGCGGCCGGGACACGGCAGGGAACGGGAUGCGGAGCACCGGGAACAGCCGGGAACGGGAGCGGGAGCGGCAGGGACAGCCGGGGACGGGACCGGGAGCAGCGGUGCAAGGCAGAUGUGGCCGAUUCUCCAUGGAGAAGAUGGUCAGCCAUAGAGAACUUAUUGCACUAAUAGUGCAACAGCUUGACAAGUUUAAUCCUGAAAAUCAGAAUGUGGAGGAUUUCUUGAAUGAAUCAGCUAUGAUGUUGCAGACUCUUAAUGUAACAGAAGAAAAAUUUGUAUUGGAUACAAUAGCAGGAUGCACAGAAUAUAAAUCCAUAUUGGAUGUGGUUGUCAAUGCCUUUUAUGUUCAGGAUGGGAGAUACUGCCCAAUUUCUGAGCGUAAUCUUUAUAUAGUUAUCUGCUAUCUAGCUACUUUUCAACUAGAAGAGAUUGGUCUUCAGCACUUCAGCAGAAUUGUGAAAUCCUUGGACACUGCAAAAAUGCAACAGUUUCUUAGAUUCUUCUUCAAUGACUUGUAUCUGAACACAUGGAUAAAAGAUGAAUGGAGCCACUUCUACGAUUCAGUGUAUGUCAAAGAGAACUGGAUUGAUCCAUUGCUAAGGUGGCAGCCGAAAGUGCAGCAACUGAUUGAAAAGCUCACAGAUAAAUUAAAUAAUCGAACCACCAUUCUCAAGACUUCAAGAGUCACUCAGCCAGAGGAAUUUAAUUUGACUGUACCCAAGCCACGUGCCAUUCCUCCACCUUCACCAGCACCUCUGCCAGUACUGCCAAAAAGACAACCUGUUCCUCCAAGCACCUAUAAGCCUCCAAAGGAAAGAAAGCAACUAGAGGAAAUCAAAACAAAAAAUAUCCAAAAAGCAAAAGAUCUGCUCCUGGAAGCAAAUACUAACCAGUUCCGUUGUGCAGCCAUCAAGCCUGAAAAGAGAGAGUUUGAACCGCAGAGCAUACAUGAGAGUAUGCAGAGUAAACCAGCAUUCAAGGCUCAAAGGAUCCAAAGCAAGAUUGACAAUAUACCCAUUAAAUUAAACACAGCAGCUAUUUUGAGGGAGGGUGCCCUCUACCAGCGGAAAUUGGAAGAGGAGCUCAAAAGAAUUGAAAAUUUGCAGCAAGGGGCUGGAGACCCAUCUGAAUUCCUGGAAUGGCAGAAACAGAUGCGUGGGAAAGAUUUGGAAGAACAGCUGGCUGAAAUAGAGUGUAGGAGGCUUCAAGGAAAACUGAGUUAUGAAGAGGCAGUUCUAGCCCAUCAGAAUGUAAUCCAAGAAAAUAAGAAGAAAGCUGAUCUAUUGAGAGAAGAGAAAGCAGAACUGAUGCACCUGUAUGCAGAGAAACGUCUACAGGAACAGAAAGAAAUGAAGGAGCUGGUGGAACAAGUCAUGGAAGGACACAAGAAUGUAAAGCAAGUAAAAGCAAAGAUCCAGGAAUACAAACAACAGAUAGUUCAGCAGGUUUGUGAAGAAAGUGGAGAACUUCUCCGGCAAGCUUUAGAAGAAAAGGAGGAAAAGGAUAGGAAAAGAUACGAACUAAUUCAACAAAUACGAGCUAUUGAGUCUAUACCUACCAUCAGACACAAGUUUGUUGAUUUAACAGAGACUGGUGGCCAUGGUUUAUUUGGUGAAAUGUCAAUAGUGGAACUACGUGAACGCCUUGCCCUACUCAAGGAAGCACAGAAGGCAGCAGAGGAAGAGAAGAGAGACCAGAUAAUUCAUGAAAAACAAGCUAAGGAACGACUUCUUCUAGACACACUGGACCAGAUUUCCCAAUUCAGAGCAGAACUUGGACGAGAAGCUGCUUUAAAGCAAGAAGAAAAGAAAAAGUUCCAGCCUGGUGAAAGGCCCAUGAAAGAUGAACGCAUUUUAAACCUGCAGAAGAAAAUUGUAGAAAAAACAAUGGAACGUAAAAAGCAAGCAGGACUCUUGAAGAUUAUUCCCCAGAAAACCAGAAUCGUGUCAAGCAAGGAUUCUUUGCAAUGGAACCAUUGGAAAGAACUGGAAGAGAGUCGGGAAAGACAUUUCAGAACCCUACAGCAUGGCUUCAUGGACAGAGAAGCAGUUCAGAAAAGAGAGCUCAUUGUGGCAGCAAGAAGUGGAGCCAAAGCCUGUGUACUGCGCUCUGAUCUAAAAUAA